CACCUUUUCCUCCUUUAUUCAGACGUUUGUUUCACUGGCAGCUUGUUGGUUCAUCCUGCUGCUCAUCAUCAUCCUCCACAUCUACUGUGUGUCCAAGUGUACCAGAUCUCUACCAAAUUGUGUGUUUCAUGCUGGAUAGCGACACUCCAGGACCAGGACCUAUCUUUUACUUUUAGGAGCUUUUAAAAAAAAAUUCUAACAAAAUUGUCUUUGCUGUAAUGACUAGUUCUGUUGAUGGUGGUCACUUACAAACACAUGUUGACUUUAAAAUCUUCACAUCAUCUGAAAUGUAGAACUGUUUUAAAUAUCUAAACGUAAAACAAGUUUUUUUUUUAUCUUUUACUGAUUAACAUCACUAGAAAAAGGAUUUACUGAUGUACUGAGACAAAAAAUUACAAACUUUGGGGUUUUCUAAACCCGACUAUAAAAUAAGUCUGCAGUUAAACUGCUGAUUAAAAACUCAUAAAUACAGUUUAUUGUUGUGGAUGCAACUGGAAUAAGCAAAAAAUGUUCUACUGCUAUUUUUCCACUCUGAAUUCCAAACACUCUUUUCUUUUUGCAGAUAUCUCUGUUAUUUCUGACAAAAACACAAAACAAAAGGCAGAAAUUAAAAACCUGAAGUCACAAAAUGAGGAGCUGAAGAUAAAAGAGAAAAAUCUCAAUGAAAAGUGUCAGAUCUUUGAGAAAACUCAAAAUGAGCUCAAUGUGAGUCGAGCUCAGUGGAGCGUUGAUGCCUACUGUCCUAAACUUAAGAACGUGAGGAAGUGUGAAUCUUGUCAGGAUGCAUGGCUGGUGCAGCAGUCCAGCUGUUAUGAAUAUAAUGAUGCUCCACCUUCUGAGCAGAGAACCUGGGCAGGAGCACGAGACGACUGCAGAGGGAAGAGCUCUGAUCUGGCUGUUGCUGCUGAUGAACAAGAAAGAAAUUAUAUUGUCGAUAGACUGAGUCCUGUUACAGAAGGAAUCAAUGGAUACUGGAUCGGGGUCAGAGCCAGAAACAGGACAUGGAAAUGGAUCAAUGGAACUGACCUGUUCGACCAAGGUUGGGUGGAUCAACCUGCUGCUGAUGGUCAGUGUGUAACGUCUCUCAGCAACAGAGGGUGGAGAUCAGCGAGCUGUAAUGACAAGAAUGGAUGGAUCUGUGAAAAGAAGGCCUUAUUAGUUUAAAAUGGAAAUAUUUGGAAUUUCAGAUCAUUAGAAAAAUGAAAACACAUAAAAGGUCAAAAUGAUAUUUUGUACUUUUCUUCAACUUUGAGGUGCAGCUCAGAUUUGAUCUGCAGUCUGAUGAAUGCCAGCUCAGUUUUGUGAUUAACUUUUUUAAACAUUGAGGUUGAAUAUUUGGAUGCAGCUGAGAGAAAAAGAUGUUUUUGAUUUUUAUUUGAUUUUAUGAACUCACCAUAAGCGUUAAGCGUGUAAUUUAAUCCUUGCUUUAUCCAAAAACAUUCUGGUUUUGGUUGUAAACGAUUGCUUCAUGUUCUCGUGCAAUUAAAGGAACGUUUUAGCUGAAAGUGUUUUUAUUUAAGCAACGAUUAAAGAAGAAGUCGAGCCUGAGGAAAUGUCACCAUACUUUGUGGUUGAAAAUGUGAAAGCACAAACAACCUCUGAGUAUUAAAGUUGUGAAGAGGAAAAAAA